AUUAGUCCUCAUUAUUGCUGAAUGUUUUAAACAGGUCUACCAUCUCUCCAUCUUUCACACGGUUGACACUUCGAGGACGGGGAAAAUGGCAGCAAUUCCAUCCAGCGGUUCCCUUGUCGCCACCCAUGAUUACUACCGAAGGCGCAUGGGAUCUACAUCCAGCAACAGUUCCUGUGGCAGUUCGGAGUACAGUGGGGAGGUCAUUCCACACCCACCAGGUCUGGCACGACAGGACUCUGGACACUGGUGGUCCAGUUUCUUCUUUGGGAAGCAGAAUCAAAUGGGGACACUCAAUGGAUUUGAAUCCCAGCAGAAGGCUGGCACCUACACAGUGACAACCGGUCAGGUGACCUGCGUUGCCAGAGAGAUUGUGAUGAAGAGACAAAUGAGUGAGAGCAGUGACUCCGGAGGCUAAAGGAGCCUGGAUCCCCUCUCCCCUCGUAACCACCCUGAUCCAAUUCCACACCCUUCACCCCUCAUCCAGGAGUCACCGUGGGCAGAAGCAGGCAACAGAGGCUCCAUUUUUAUUUUUAGUAAAAACCGGCUGCUUUUUAUGUCAUGCUAUUUUUUUAUCUAUGACCAAAUAAACAUUGUUAAACAAAA